CCUAUUGAAUCAUUAAUGAAGCCUGUUGGCUAAAAAAUUAUAUUGAACAUCUGUUUAAAGAUAAAAAUAUAAAUAAACCCUAUGUUUCACCCUUUGAAGUUUUUGUUUUAUUUUUUUUAAGUAACAGGAAUUAUGAGUGCUAAACCAAAUAAUGUUAAUUUAAGUGAUAUUAAUGUUGGAUUUAGUUCUGUUAACAGAGAAACGGAUGAUCAUGUUAACAAUCAACCAAGAAAUGAAAGAAUCGAGUUGAACAGCAAGGCAAAUAAGUGUGAAAAGAAAGAUCAACACUUAUAUACUGACUUGACUGUCGGCAGUUAUGCUAACACGAGUUACUUAGCUAAUGAAGACUGUGCAAAUGGUAACGAAACCGAGCAGCAGAGGUCUCAUAACGGAAGUUCCCAAAACGGAAUGCAUGUAGGCGAAAUUAUCUUCAAAGAUGAAAACUAUUCCACGGAAUCAAACUCAAAACUUGACUGUCUCAAAAAAUCAACAUGUUACAGACAUUUGCUUAGAAUAGUUAAGGACCGUUGGAAAUUGUGUAUUGCUGUACUGGCAUUAAUAUCUAUUAUUUUAUUUAUCAUUAUAAUUAUUUUGAUCUCUGUUCUUCAGUCGUCAACACAUAAAGAUGGAGGACUUGAAUUUAAAAUCAUUUGUGAAUAUGAUGUAUGCGCCAACAAUGGAACCUGUUCUGAAACCCAGACCGACUUUAAAUGUAAAUGCUUGGAAGGUUAUUAUGGAAACUUAUGCGAACAUUCGCUAUGCAGUAAUGUUAUUUGCUAUAAUAGAGGUUUCUGUACAGUUAAUGGUUCUGUUGGAGAAUGUAGGUGUCCUCCUGGGUUUUAUGGACCAUCCUGUGAAGGAACACCUUGUACGAACAUCAAGUGUGAAAAUAGAGGAGUUUGUCAUGCAGUCAACGGGAAAUUUAACUGCUCCUGUCCUGGUGGUACCAGAGGAAAAUAUUGCGAAUAUACACCUUGCAAUAGACCCGAGGUCCGCUGUCUAAAUGGAGGUUCAUGCGUAUUCUCAUCAAACAUUUCUACAUGUGCGUGUAGCGAUCAGUUCUUCGGUGAAGCUUGUGAGAAAUAUUGUCAAUACGGAGCACAGUACUACAGUUGCACAUUCGAAGAAAAUGACGACGGUUGCUUUCUACAAGAUGCUUUAUCAGAUAAUUUCAACUGGACCAGAAAUACGGAUUUAACGCCAAGUAAAUAUACAGGUCCAUCAGCUGCCUAUGAAGGGACGUAUUAUCUUUACAUAGAAGCAUCUCCUCCGGUGCAGGAACAUCACGUUGCCAGGUUAAUAUCGAGACAAUCUUUUUCAACAUGCUUACGAUGUCUAAAGUUUAGCUACCAUAUGUAUGGUACAGCAGUAGGAUCUCUUAAUAUUUACCAUGGAGAUCAGAAGUUGUGGACACAAUCUGGUAGUCACGGAGAUAUGUGGAAUACAUUAUCACUUGAAGUAGAUGGCGCAAUUGACAAACGUAUCAUAUUUGAAGCAGUUCGUGGAAGCGGUGUAACAGGCGAUAUAGCUAUAGAUGAUAUACACUUUAGUCCAGGAGGUUGCAAAUAAACUCUCAUGCUAAUUCAAAUACCUGUUAUUUCCUGUUCAGUUGUUUAUUGAAAUCAACACACUUUAUUAUAAUAAGAUUGAAUAUAGCUUCAUCGGGCAACGAAUUACAUAAUUUGUACAGAUGCCUCCAUAAUCGAUUAUUGUUAACUCCUUUAUUAAGAAUUGAUAAUUUGGUUGAAUGACAAAGUCAAAGAAGAAAGAGCUUAUCUUCGUCAUUUGGUCUAUGGUGGAUAGUUGUCUUAUUGGCAAUAUAAUCAAGUUUUUUUUUCAGUCUACACAAUUCUAUACAAAACAAAUUAAAGAAGGUAUACACACAAUUUAA